UAACUUCCAACACAUAAGCUCUCUCUGACCAGUUACUACUACACCUAAGGAAGUCUACUCUAGUUGUCGACAGCAGCUAUCCCAACUGUCGAAGUUUUUUUUCACCAGUCACACCUCCAACCGGUGUGGUGCUCAUCACCUGGUGUGGUGAAACUGCUCACACAUUCCACCUGGCGUAGUGUUCGUCACUCACUCCUCCACCCGGUGUAGUGCUCAACAAUUACUCCAGCACUUGGUGUGGUGCAACCACUCACGCCUCCACCUGGGGUGGAGACGCAAUAAUGACUUUGUGGAUUAAUGUCAUAACGGUACUUGUGUGGAUCCUAGUGCCGGGAACUCCACUCAGUGUAUACCAUGUUGCUGUGCCAUCCGAUAAAGGCCUCCCAGUUGUGCGAUCCGAUAAAGGCCUCCCAGUUGUGCGAUCCGAUAAAGGCCUCCCAGUUGUGCGAUCCGAUAAAGGCCUCCCAGUUGUGCGAUCCGAUAAAGGCCUCCCAGUUGUGCGAUCCGAUAAAGGCCUCCCAGUUGUGCGAUCCGAUAAAGGCCUCCCAGUAUUCCAUAACCGCAUCCUCAGUGUUUUAAUGCACGUAACUGUAAGUUGAUAAUGUAGUUAAAUAUUAAUGUUGAACAUUUGAAAGGAAUCAGAAGAGGCAUUCACAAGUCAACUUAAGGAAAGUAAUAUCCAAAUUUCUUCGGUAUAGUGUAAAUUAAGACAUUACAGACAAAACCUAAUUCAAACUUUUUAAAGAGACCAAAAACACCAAUGUCCUCAGCAAGCAACAAAAAGGAGUGUAAAUUUUAGGUGAACUUGAUGAACGGAACAUAGUAAUGUUAAACAAUGGUAUUGAAGAACCAUAGAUGUUAUAGACACAUAAAAGAACAUUAAACUGAUCUUACUUAUGAUAACCAAAUAAAGUAAAACAAACUGUGACACAUUUCUGAUCAGAAGAAAUAUUCGCCAAUUAUUUCCAAGAAAUUAAUUUGAUGAAUAAUAUUUGUGGAGAAUAACCUACACCAGCACAGAAAGUUUAAGAUGGAUAGAAGAUGUAUUUUGUACAGAAUCUUAAAUUGUACCUACG